CAUGGCGCAACUGGACCGCAACUCUCCUCUAAUAAUGGAUGCUCAUGAACUCAAUAUUUCAUCAGUACUUGGAUUCACUUCCAAACACGCCCUUAAAUCGAAACAUACCUUUAAAUUCCCCACCAUUUCAACAACCAAGAAUUCCCAUUUCAAGCAAUUCAAUCUCAUGAUCCAUAGUACCAAAAAUUAUGUAACCAGAGGCAAAAACGAAACAGUGUUCAACGACGAAGCUUACGAGGCGGAGCGACUGAGGCUAGACGCCGAGGCACGAAACUCCAUGGCAGAUAAAUCUUCAAAGGGGGUUCAGAUUGAGGACGACCCGAAGGCAUGGAAAUGGGUUAUUCGAAAUCGGGUAUGGGACUUGAUGGAGGCGCAGAACAUUGCUCAGUUCCCCCGUCCCGUUCAUCACAGAAUACCCAAUUUUGUUGGAGCGCCACUUGCUGCCACUAAAUUAAGUGAAUUGGAGGUGUUUAAGAAGGCAAAAUGUGUGAAAGUGAAUCCAGAUACGCCACAAAAGCAAGUGAGGCUCCUCACACUGAAUGAUGGCAAGAAACUAUUAACUCCACAGCCCCGCCUCAGGACUGGAUUUUUCUCUGUUCUUGAGUCUUCUAUGUUGAGUCCCAGCACCAUCAAGGAGGCUUGUACUUCUGUGGGAGUAGCCAAAUAUGGAAGGCCGAUUGGAUUAGAUGAGAAGAUAAAAGUGGAUCUAAUUGUAAUUGGUUCUGUUGCUGUUGACCCAAAGACAGGGGCAAGACUUGGCAAGGGUGAGGGAUUUGCUGAACUUGAAUAUGGGAUGCUGCACUACAUGGGUUCAAUUGAUGACUCAACAUUAGUUGUCACAUCUGUGCAUGACAAACAACUGGUUGAUGAUAUUCCCGUUGAGAAGUUGUUGGUACACGAUGUCCCUGUUGACAUCAUAUGCACUCCAACCCAAGUCAUCUUCACCAAUACAUCUAUUCCAAAUCCUCAAGGUAUCUAUUGGGACAAGCUUUCUCCUGAAAAGCUUAGUCAAAUUAAAAUACUACGAGAGCUGAAGAGUAGAAUUGAACGAGAAUCUGGGCAAAAGCUUCCUUGUGGCCCUUCUGAGAAACUACCCCCAACAGCAAAAAGAAACUGAUUAUUUCUUCUAUAUUUUGGAAAUUUGAAGACAUGGAUGCAAUGUGUACCUAUUUUCUGAAGUCGUCUUCUGUAGCAAAUCCAAACCUUUGUGGAUGGGACAUGUCUGUUUUUGGGGAUUAAAGCAUCUCUAUCAGAAGAAGAAAAGUGCGUAUUCAGGAAAAGGGAAGCCUCUCUACCCUUUCAUAUUGAAAACUUCUUUUUGUGCUGUGGAGAUAUAGUUAUCGGUGUCAUUUGGAAUUUAAAAACUUCUCAGUUCUCGUCAAUUGGUUCAGAAACAAAGUCUGAGGAGACGUCUACAUGUAUCAUUGUUGUGAUAGGGUUGUUAUUAUGACGAGACAUAGUAGGGAGGUUAGAAGCGUCUACACAGAGUCGUUCUUGGUCAUCCUUCACGUCAAUCUUUGAUGGGAUAUGUGUCUCAGAAAUAUUUCUAUAAAUUUGUUCCAAUGGAGACUCCGGAGUUUGAAUUGUGC